UUAUAUUUUUAGACCAUUUAGUCACUUUUCUUUCUUGUGAACUUGUUAAAUUUUUCUUCAACUUGAGUUGUUGCUGCUGUUCCUUUUUUCAGUUAUGUGCAGUAAUACACCCCCUAUAUUCAUAUCCCUUGAAGAUGAACUCAAGGAAAAUAAAACAUUUAAAUAAUCAAAUAAUGAAAUGGUUUAAUUUGGCAAUAAGUUUCAAGACAAUUAUUUUAUUUGAUUGCUAUUUUGGCUUGUAUCCAUUCAUUUAUUAGAGAAUUGAACUGUGUUUUUUAUUUUAUUAGAUAAAAUAGAAGCAAAUAGAAUAUCUGAGCAGUAUCUGCUCAAGCUUUUAUUUAUUAGGCUAACUUUUUAUGUACUAAGGAAGGCUUAUGUAGAAAAUUUUAUUUAUUAGAUUCAGCAUGCCUAUUUACUUGAAAUAGAAAAAUUAAUAUGAAAAACUCAAUGUAAAGUUAAAAAAUAGUUGAGGUUCAGUCAAUCAUUUUGUUUACAAGAGAGCAUAAACAUUUAUUUUUGUAAUGGGUUUUGUGGAUUAAGUUGGGAUCAGAUUGUAUACUAGUUUUUUGUAAUGAAUCCACUUAUGCUUGUUUGUUUUUAUUGAAUACCCGUUACCACUGGAAUGGAUGCUCAGGUGGCUUACGACUUUCAUCAUUUACGUAAUGAGAAACCUUACCUGGCACAAGGAGCAAUUUCUAAUAAGCUGAUCUAUUCUGGUUAUAGUUGUGGUCAAGGUUGGUUCUUUACACCUUGUACAAGUGAUCCACGAUUAAGGGGACUAACAAAUAUUUUAAGGUUGCAUGUCAAAAAGGUCAAUUGCUCAGAAUGGGAGCAAAUUACUCUUUCGUCAAGUGUAAGAGCUAUUGUUGCUUUAAAUCUUCAUAACUAUGGAAGUGGACGACAUCCCUGGGGUAAUCUGAAGCCAGAUUAUUUGGAAAAGAGCUAAUUUUCAGAUUAAGCAUGCCCAGCAUCUUACACCUGGGACUGCAGACCGGUUUGGUAGGGAUUAUUGCUUCAGUACAGGUUCAUCACAGCUCUCUGUUGCACUCUAGUAACAUACUGUAACAUUUAAGGUUGAGUUUUGAAUUAAAUGUUGGUUUCUGUGUGUGAUACUAGAUAUGCAUUUUUUUUUAAGAAACUACAUAAUUUAACAAUGAAGUGUAGAUAAUCACUACAACAAAGUGAUGUAAUUGUCACUUAAGGUUCUUAUUUUAAUACUUUUCCAUAAAACUUGUGUAGAAUUUUGAAAUAUCUUGUCUUGAAAAGAAUUUGGAUAUGAGACUCGGUGUAGUCACCAAAGAAACUAAACCUGGUCUAAUUGUAAGUCUUCUAUAUAUCAUAUUAACUGAAAAUCUAGCUUUCUAGAGACUACAGAGAUAUUGAUUACUCCUAAAUUAUUCAUGCUAUAUUAUAGGAAGAUGACAUGCUAUUUAACUGAAACUAAUCUAGAUUUCUGAUGAACACUUAGAAUCUUGUGCAACUGUGAUAUCUAACUGAAACUAAUCUAGAUUUCUGAUGUUUUGACAAUACUAAUUAACAAAAAGCUUCUGCAGCAAUACCUGCUAGGCUGUGUGUUUUGCU